UCGACCUAGCUCACCAUCGCUGCGGUUGUCUACCGGACUAGAGGAAUAGAAUCCAUGCCUCCGCUCAAGGCCUUUGCCAGGACCGAUCUGAGGACACCGAAUAAAUCUCAGAAUGAUGGCUCCAGAUCAUCAGCUCCUCAUGGACGGUCCUCGCUUUCGACCAACGUCGUGACAGUCGAUGACACGGGUUCCCCUAUGGUAUCAAGCUCUUCCUCUAGACACCUGCCAAAUAGGCUGGAACAGCCUUCUAGCCAUGAAAGCACUCCAGUCAAAGCCAUGCCCCGCAGCUUUGGAAUGUCGACCUCGAAGAGCAUUCCCAACAUGCGGCACCUAGCAGAGAGGCCUACUUCGAUGUCGACCUCCACGUCGACGGAGAUACAUACACCAAUAAACCAGAUCCGAACGAGAUCCCGUCAAUCUCUAGCUGGGACCCCGUUACAUGACCACGGCCACCUCACCCCAUACUAUUCGCCAUCUACUCCAUCGCAAUUCUCUCGAUCUACCAUCCUCCCUUUCGACAGGGAGAGUAAUCGGCAUGACGCUGAAGAGGCCAUCAGAGAGAGUGCGAAGAAACCUUCUCCUAAACAAGUACAGGAUGUUGGAACGCCACCGGUCGAAGGAGGUUGGAAACGAGGUCUUCUGAACUUUGGACGGAAAUCUAGCGAAGACGCCUUUUCGUCACGGGCGAGCGUCAAGAGGAAGGGGAUUGUACGGAAAGCCAAACUUUCGGACAGAAUCAUCGCAUACCCUCGAUAUGCUUACGAAGAAGCCGUAGAUUUUAUCACCGACCUCACUCUCCCUCCCCAUACCGCACCCUACAUCUCGCUUCUCCUGCACACCCUCCACUUUCUUAUCCGUGCACCUCUCUGGCAGAUCUUUCUGUCCUUUCUACCUCUGGGCCGAUCAAGCCGUUGGACGCAAAAACCGACGGAUAGCGUGUUCGUACAACCUGAUUCGGGGUUGAAGAGGUAUGAUCAGAUGGUCGAGGCGGGAAAACAGGGUUGGAAGAUCUUGGGCUGGCUGGGUCUGGGUUCGACCAGCGUUUGGGGGGCGUUCGGGAACUGGUUGUUCUUCCUGAUCGUCUUUGGUAUAUCUUUUGCCAACGCUUCAUACCUCUUCAACUCGAGAAGGCGCUACGACAUGCGGUUCCGAAAAGACCAACUCAACACACCGAAUGCCCGAAGCGUUCCCGUCCCUAAUUCCCGUGAUCUUGAGAUGGAAGACGAGGAUGUUGCCCAAUGGACGGCCAAGAAGGUCUUCUUCCUCGUAUGGUCGUAUAUCAAUCCCCUGACGUUGAUCAGAAUCAUGAUCGGUAAACCGCCUCAUAUCAAACGGGAAGAAGAGAAGCGAGCUCAGGAGAUGAUGCAGAGCUUGACCGUCUGGGAUCCUCCUGAAUUCAACAUGAUCUUCUUCAUCUACUACUCGCCCAUCCAACCAGUCCUCUUUCAGCUUAUCGGGUAUACGAACCCGAUCAUCGCCCUCAUCUGUAACGCUUGCAUCACGGCACAGACGAUCUUUGUCGUCAAGGAAUUCGAAAGGCUUGUCAAGGACAGGCAGAUUUUGCAACGCGAGGUCAUGAGGGAGUAUGACCAAGUGUUUGUCUACAAGCAGUUGUUCAAGACCAAGAAGGAUGCGAGUACUCAGACGAAUGAAGCGGAGUUGCUAUUUUGAUCCAUACGCAUGGUGUAAUAUAUCUAUCGGAGCCUGGACAUUUCACGACAUGAAACGAGAAUCCUGCCUAGCAUGCAAAAUACCAUGUUCUUGCUCAGAGACGCUUAUGAAGAGCACGUGACCUGCU